GAACACGUCAACAGUCACACCCUCAACUGUCACACGCUCAACAGUCACACCCUCGUACGGGCUCUCGAUAGCUGCCCGUACCAGGGCGGCCUGCAGCGCCAUGUACUCGCCAUCUUCUUCCCCCUCGACUUCCACUUCCUCUUCCUCUUCCAUACUCCGCAUCUGCCGUUUCCAAUGCAUCCAAAAACACUCUUCCACCUCGUGCCCACGAACCAGGUCGCCCACGACGCCCUCCUCUACCCCGACAACAGGCGCUUUGUGUCCAGCUCCGACCGUGGCCUUGGCCUCGAGGUUGGCUAUCAUGUCCCCUCCUUGCCCCGAGGCCAUGUAAUCACCAGACUCGGCCGAGAUGCCGACCUCAUUCUCAGAGAAAGCACUCCUAAACUCCCCAUGUCUACCAUCCACGUCGCCUUUGAGAUAAACCCUGCUACACGUCUCAUACUUUUAUCUGUCCGAUCAAAACGGGUUUCAUCUGUCUCGUUUUCGAUACAUUCUUCUUGUGACAAUACGCAAAGCUCUGGAGAGGUCGUUGCGGGAAAGGAAAUUACGGGAGAUGGUGUUAUCAUCUAUGGGCAGAAUUACAGCGUCUCCAUUGCAUCUUACAGUUUUGAUUUGAUCUGGCGCACCUUCUCUCCCAACUCUGUCAACAACAUCCGGUGUCUUAAAACCCUCGCCUUUGAAGACUACCAAGCAUCUGUGCAACUUUUGCAGCAUCUGAGGUCGCGCGACCGGCCAACGGAGAACGACAACUCGGAGGCACAGUCGUGGCAUGUUACCAGACUGAACACUGCACAUCCUGUUUUCCGGGACGUUCGCCAACUUCGCGUGGAUAUAGGCUCAGGAGCCUUUGGCACUGUCUAUCGAGCCGUCGAUCAGACCUCUGGCCACGCGUUUGCUAUCAAAGUGGUCGAUCUUGAGAGUCACGGCAACGAAGAUGCAGCGCGUGCUCUGCUUCACAGAGAAAUAAAGAUCAUGCAGAGGCUAAAACACGAACACAUCAUCGAGUAUCUAGGGCACCAACUCUUCCACACUUCCCACCCGGAGAUUUUCAUGCCCCUGCGAACCGGGUCGCUGGCUUCUCUCGCCAAGUCGCAGCCACCCAGCUACAACGCCGACCAGUUCUGUUUAGGCUUCACAGAACAGAUACUCAGCGCCCUCGACUACCUUGCGAGCGAAGCCUUAAUCCAUCGGGACGUGAAGCCCCACAACAUUCUCUACUCGUGCUUAAGCGACGGCCGCUACCUGUUCCAGCUGGCCGAUUUCGGGCUCGCGCAUUACCAAUCGCUGGCCAAAACGUCUUGUGGCACCCCCUACUAUCAAGCUCCAGAGCUCUAUCCACGCGCCUCUGGAGUUAACGCCGCUCAGAGCUCCAAAAUUGAUAUCUGGUCCCUCUUUGCAACUAUAGCUGCAGUGCACUCACGCUUUAAAGAGUUCCCACCGGCCACUGACAACUACGGCCGCGUUCUCAACGUACUUAAAGCCAAAGCCGCACAAUCAUCUAUGCUCGAGCCUAUGGCCAGGCUGCAUCCAGAUCGCCGCGCAUCGGCUGCGCAGAUGCUUGUCUACCUCUUUGAAGGCAGGGGGCUGACAACUGCGCUGUGGAAAAUCCCACCAAUCGAGCCCAAUACCGAGGACGUUCCCCAGAUAAACCCAGCGCCAGGUGUGCAGCCGACGAGGAACGAUCGCGACAAGGCUCCUCGGCCGGCAAGAGAAGCCGCCCGUCCGUUGAUUGUAUAUAAACCACGCAGGCGCGCCCCCCCGCCGAAACAAAGUGGAAACCAUGCACAACCUGCUGCUCCGCAGUUUUCGCCGAUUCGUGCACACAGAGACGGCGUUGUCAAGCACCGGGUCCAACCGUCUACAGCUUCAGCUAGAACCAACGCUCACGCCAGACUGCCGCCGGGCCGAAAGCCGCCGCCCGAAACAGAAUUCCGGACAGGGGCGGGCCUUUAAUUCUGCCCCCACUGACGGAGAACCAGCUAUACUUGGGCGCAGAGAGGUAUCUCACAGGGUCCCAGAGAGCUCUACAAACGGCUUGCAGCGUGGCGGUUUCGAUGGAGGAUGAGAGUGACUUGACGGAAUUACAUUCCCUAGCGUGUGCCAGGCUCGGUUUUUCAAUGUCACAGUAGUAUUUGCAAAACUUAUUGGAGGCCUCCAGGACCCAUAAGACACUCUCACUAUGAUGGUGAUGAUU